CUGCACGUCAAUCAUUCCAGCAGCACGUGGCCGAGAGCGUCCUACGCGCUCCGCCAUUGGUCAGUUGCGCUCCUCGGCUUGGCGUCUGGCUCGCGAGUCCCAGUGAUGGUUGAGUAGUGUGGGUGCCCCCCAAAUUUUUAUAUUAUCCCCGUUGUUUGGCCCUGUCUGUGCACCCUAGCGCUGUUUGCACUCGUCUGCUGUAAAACCACCUUGGAAAUUCGGGAUUAAAACUAAAGCGUGCGGGUAUGUGCGACAACCAACACCGGAACUGGCCGGCGAUUUAUCUGUGAAUGAUCGCUUCUUCAGUCUCUAUCUUUGUACCUUUUUGUCUUCAUCGGAGAAUCCUUCAGAGAAAUACCCACCAAGAACAAAGAUCGUGGGGGUUUAGCCCGCUUAGCCUCGCCUCUUUUGGAUAUACACAUCGCAAAAUUCUCCCAGCCUGUGAAUAAAAACUCACGGAUCAUUUUUAUUUUGCAGUGGAGAUAUUUUUUUUAUCAUCGACCAGGCAUCAGAUAAUGGAACGGACAUGAAUGGAUAUAAACUUUGUGACUUCGCCAGAACAAGUGCAGUAGUAAACACGAUCAGAUAAAAAUUUCCCCCGUAAAAGAAGCUACAGCCGCUCCUCAGAUGCCUUCGUUAUCAUAGCCUGGCGGACACACGAGACACGAUCAUUCAACAAAGAUGAGACGAACACAACGGGAUGCGUCGACUCAUCGCCGAGCUAUCGAGAAGCGAAGCAGGGAGAGAAUUGGCCACAGUUUGAAAGAACUGAAACGACUCCUGCCAAACUUCAAACAGCAUGGCUCCAAGACUGGUGAGCAGAUGGACUUAUUACAGUCAGCAGUGGACUACCUCAAGUCUAUCCAAACUUCAUCCUCGGUCGACCAUCUCUCCUGGUCAUCAGAAUCGGCCAAAUCGACCCAGUCGUUGGGAGAGGGCCCCCUCCCAAGCCUCUUCAACCCCGCCCCUGCCCCGGUCGACGCCAUGAUGGACGGGUACCAAGACUGCUUGGAGGAAACCAUCCGCUAUCUGGUGCAGGUGGAAGGGUUCCCGCCUAACCACGACAUCAUCAUCCGCCUGAGGGCGCACUUGAUCCAAUCCCAGAGCAAACUGGAUUUGAACAACCAGUUGCGGAGCACGGGUCAGGCCAGGUUGACCCUCGACCAGUAUUACGACCUGCAACAGCGCCACCACCGGGUGGGACUUGGACAGUUUGCCACGCAUGCGCAUAGAAGUGGUGUCAUGGGUUCGUCCACCCAGACCUCUCCACAACUUGCCCACACUAAUGCCUGUGCCGCGUACCCGCCAGGGUCGGCCAUGUUGGCUCGGCACGGGACCUCCACCCUGGAUGCCCUACACCCAAAGACUCUCCCCACCCAGGGGGGCUUGUCACACCUCCCCCUCGGGGUCAUGACGCCCCUCACGGUGGACACCAAUCAGUAUUACGCCAUGCCGUCUCCGCUGGCCCACUGCUUGUCGGAGGGCGCCCUCGAGCGGCAGGGCUCCACCGAGCCCCUGUUGACCAUCGCGAGAACUCUGCCCACCAACACGGUCACGUGCAGCAACAGCAGCAGCACCACUCUGGGGCGGACUGCGGUAGCACGGAGUGUGGUGGUGAACCCCAGGACAGUGCAGCUCCCGAGCAGUGUGCAGAGUGCAGCGCCCUCUGUCGCCAGCAAUGUGUCAGGGUCACACCUAGGGUUCAACUUGAACUACGACGCACCCUAUCUCGUUGCCUUUGUCAGACCUGCAGCUCAGUAAAAACAGAAAAUUUCGCCAAGAACCUUUUUGUAUUCUCCUUACCUCAGAAAGAUCAACUUGUGUUAUUAUGUUUGUCUUACAUUAACAGUAAUAUCAGUUAAUUCAACAGUAAUUUACUUCUCCAAAAGGGAAUUAAAUUCAUUGUAAUUAGAAAUAAUCCUGAUGAUUUCUCCAACCAGAUGCCUUGACCGUCAGAAUAGGGAAUAUCAACUGGAAAAUGGCCAUAAACAGUGACUGACGUUUGAAAAAAUUGAUGUUAUUUUGGCCUCGAGUUUAAAAUAUCAAUAACUGUAGAAAAUGUACAUUUUACAUGUAUUAAGGAUCAACAUGGGUUUGAUUAUGCAUGCAGUACCAUUUUCGGUUCUUUUUUUAAUCUUGGUUACAUUUUAAUUCAUUCCAAAACACUCGUAAUAGCGCCCUCUCGUGGUGGUGCAUAAGAGUUCCAAUCUCACGAAACAGCACCAGACUAAUAUUUGGGCUCCUACUCUGGCUAAUCAGGUCUUGUUCCUUUUUUUGUGUAUCCCUAUAUCAUAUCAAGCACUUCUGUGAAUGAACUGAAGCCAGAGCAAACAUUCGUAGUUGUUUGAAUGAUUUCAAACGUUUUGGAUUCCCUAUCCAGAUUUAAAACCAAUCUAAGGCAUUAAUUUUUGCAGAUUUCUCCGUGAUUUCUGGGCAUAUUAUUGUUCAAGUCAGGUUUUUCGUGAAAUCAACUUUACGUUUCUAGUAUUCCAAACAUUCCCAAAACGUCCUGUUAGUUUUGCUCAAAUGUUUUACAGGUAUUGUGCAUGUAAUUAUGUAAACAAAAAAUCCGUUCAAUUAAAACUGUUUAUGACUCAUUUACAAGAUCGAUCUCAUAAUGUUUUAUAGUUGUACAUUUCUUUUGCACACUAUACAGAAUAAACACAGCAAUGUUCAUUUUUUUCUUGUA